UAUAUCGCUAUAGCAGAACAGUAGGGUCCGAUAGAUAACAAUGUUUAGAGAAUUUUGGGUAAAUAUGUGAUGAUUUUAAACGACGCACAACAAACGAGCAACUAAACGAGCGGAAAACCGAGAGGUCAGCGCCAGGCGGCCCCAGGAGAGGUCGCGCGGAGGACCACGUCAACGCUUCGCGCUUUUAGAACCCAGAAGCCAGAAUCCCCAAAAAAAAACAAAAAACACACCCACCCGCACACACACAGAAUGUAUUGCCUACAAUGCCUGUUACCCGUAUUACUGAUACCGAAGCCCACGAAUCCGGCCCUAAUGGAGACCCACGUGAUGUUCAUAGUACUCUACCUGGUGGGGUUCUUCCUGGAGCGAAAGCCCUGCACCAUCUGCAGCCUGGUGUUCCUCACAGCCAUCUCACUGAUAUGCUACAGUGGCGUCGGCAACUGCAUCUUCUGGGGCAAUUGCGAGGGACAUCAGUGUGAGAAUGGCUAGAAGAUCAUCUCCUUAGUAUCCCCAUAAAAAAGAACACCCCCCGUAGUCAUAGUCAACGAAGAUAUGAAGAAGUGCUAAUAAUAAUAGCAACCUUAUUAUGGAAUUACGUUCGCGUUGUUACAGCUUUACAUCCUAGAGAACUAAAAAAAAUGAAAUAUGGGAAAAAUUGGAAGAGCCUGCAGAGAGAAAGGAUAUAAGGAUAACUUGACUAAAUCGGUGAAAUCAGUGAUACAAGUGAUGAGUGAGUCCGACCAGGAACAAAGAUUGUAUGUUUAGAUCCAUUAUAUUAUUUCCAGCUCCGUAUUUGUUUCCUUCAUAAUGCUUUUGGUUAUGAAAUGUAAUUGUGUAUUCAAGCGUGUGUGUUUUGUUUUUAAGGCUUAGACGAAUUUAGUUUUAACGAGAUAAAGCGCUACGAAACCGUAUUGUACAUCACCCACCCAAAAACCCCUACCCUUAAAAUCAAAAAAUAACCCCCAUCUUAUCCAACUGUCAAUGCAACUUACGAUUUAGUCAUAAUAUAUAUUAUACAACAUGUAAUUGUAAAGAAAAUUAAGGAAAACAAAAAUCACUGCGCAUCCUUGCUGAGCCAACGGAUGCUGCUGACAUCGGUUGUUUUUACCCUGUCUUGAGCACGUGCAAAAUCUGUAUAUACAGCAUAUAACUUACACUGAUCAAAAUAUAUAUUGUAUACAUCAACUGUAAACGAGAGACAAGCACAAAAUGUAAAAACGAGGAAAUGCGGGAGAUUAAAACAUAUACAAAUAAUAUUGUUCGAUUUUUGCGAAUUUGUAUGAUUUGAGCGGUAUCCAAAAAAAAGGAAAAGAGUGGAGACGUAUUGAAAUAAAAUUAAUUGAUGCUAAU